UUUCUUUCACAAAUUAUUCACAUUAAUAGUAAAUUGUCUUAGAAAAAAAGAAAAGAAAAAAAGAAGAGGGAGUCAUAUGAGGGAUAGGUGGGCAGCAUGGGCCAUAUACAAACAAUUCCAGCGGCAGCGGUAACGGCAGAGACCUUCUGCACGCCCAACAACAAUAUCAACCCCAACUCCAAGACUAUCCCCACAUCUCCCUUAUUGAUUCUCCUUCUCUUUCUCUUUACUUAAUAUAUAUAUACACACACAAACUUUACGUAUGUGGGGUGUGUGGAUAAUACCAAUAUACAAGUGAAAAAUUCAAUGAAUAAUAAAUAAUAGAGGGGAGGAAGAGUUGAUAAGAAACACGAGAGUUCUCCAAAGAAAGAGCCAAACCAAAGCUAAAGCCACGCAAAAGAGGAAGAGAAACAAGGGAAAGAAGAACAAAGCAAAAGGAAACCAAGAACCAGAAUAAGACGGGCUACCUCAUUCUCUCUCCCUCUCUUUCUUGGACUGAUUCUCUAUUUCUUCUCUCUCUCUUUCUUUCAUAUGCUUUCAAAAGCAUUUUAGCAUAGCAACGAAGCAAAGCUAAGGGAGCAAGCAAAAGAAGGCAAGUUUUGAGGAGGAAAAAAACAGAAGAAAGGAAAUAAAGAUAAAAAGUUUUUAGGUUGGAAAAAGGUGAGGAAGCAGGCAGAAAUGGUCAUGUUGGUGUCCUUGGAAAUGGCUUCUCAGACGUAAAAAGAUUCAUUCACUCUUUUAACCUCACUCUCUCUCUCUCUCUCUCUCUCUAGGGAAUCAAAAAGCUUCUUUCUUUUCCCCCUUCAUUUACUUGUCCUCAUUCUUUACAUUUCUUUGGUAUUUUGUUGAAGGGUGUCACUGAAGAAUCCGCCUUUGUUUAGGGCAUCUUCUUCUCUAUUCAUGCUGUUUAUGUGUUAGCCUUAUAAUCACACAACCCUCACCAAUCACACAACUAUUUCUUCAUAACCAUCUUGCAACUUAGAAUCCCAUUUCUCUCUAUAUAAUCUAUCUAACUCUCUGUUCUGAAUUCUGAUCAUAUCCCAUUUCUAGAAAUGGCUGUUCAAGCUCAAUACCCAUCAAAUGUUCUCUUUCUAAACAGAAAUGUGCAAGAAGGAAAAGGCCAACUAGGUAAUGAUUAUUCAUUGCAACAUCAACCUGGUGGUAGUGGAGGAGGAUCUUUUCUUGAUCAAACACAAAUGCUAUUCAAUCCAGGAGUUGGUGGAAAUACAAGAAAGAGAGGAAGAGAACUUACAAGUACAACGGCAGCAAUGAAUCCAUUGAUGUCAAUGCAAUCUCAGCCUCAACCUCAACUGAUUGACCUCACUCAGCUUCAUACAUCGCCCCCUUCGCAGCAGACACCAAAUGUUGUCUCCACCGGACUCCGUUUAGCUUUCGGAGACCAACAGCAGCAGCAGCAACAACAACAUCAAUUACAGCACCAACAUCAUCACCAUCACUCUCUUUCUCCUCAAUCCUCUCAAUCAUCAGCUUUCUAUUCAAUAUUAACAGAAGAUUUAGCUACUCAUAUCAAACAGCAACGCGAUGAGAUUGAUCAUUUCCUCCAAAUUCAGGGAGAACAAUUGAGGCGUACGUUAGCAGAGAAAAGGCAACGUCACUACCGUGCACUGAUGGGAGCAGCAGAGGAGUCAAUGGCGCGAAGGCUAAGAGAAAAAGAAGCGGAGAUGGAGAAAGCAGCGCGGCGAAACGCGGAGCUAGAGGCGCGUGCAGCGCAAUUGAGCGCGGAGGCACAUGCGUGGCAAGCAAGGGCGAGGGCACAGGAAGUGACGGCGGCAACGCUGCAGGCGCAGCUUCAACACGCAAUGAUGAGCGGCGGCGGGUGUAACGAGAGAAACGACGGGAAUGGCGGAGGCGAACCGGAGGAUGCUGAAUCGGCGUACAUUGACCCGGACCGAGUCGUUGAGUCGACAGGACCGAGUUGUAAAGCGUGUGGGAAACGAGUCGCCUCAGUGGUGCUAUUGCCAUGUCGCCAUUUGUGUGUUUGUACAGAAUGUGAUGCCGUUGCUCAAGCUUGCCCGUUGUGUUUCUCCAUUAGAAGCUCAAGCGUUGAGGUCUUUCUUUGUUAGAAGCCCAAGUACCGGCCUACUUAAUUUUCAGCCCAAGCCCAAGUCCUGAACUACCUUUUCAAUUAAUGUUCUAAUGGUUAAAAGGAGUUAUUACAAUUAAAAAAGGUAAACAACAAAAAUAAUAUUUCAUUUAAUAAGUAUAUAAUUUCUUACUUCGAUAUUUUCUUCUUUUCUUGGAGUUUGGUUUUGCAACAAAUUAAGGACUCAAAAAUUUUCAUUGCCUUUUAUUUUGUAGAGGUUAACACAGUUUGAGAUGAGGCCUUGCCUUUGCCGUUC